ACUAUGAGACAAUUAUAUUAAUUCACGUACAAAACUACCUCUAAGUACAAAAAGUGCUCAUAAGAAAAUAAUCAACAAGUUAACAUAACAACCUCAAAAUAUUAUUUUUCGGCAAAGAAGAGACAAGUGUUUUAUUAAGUUCAAGUGCGGAAAUUAAACAAAUAUAAUUCAGCAAUUGCUGAGUUAGUAUCACCUAUUAAAAGUAAAUCGCUAGUAGACAUAAUGGCAAUAUCGAUAUUUCAGGACGCCCAGACACGAGGCUUAGCUGCGGCAUUAGCUGGGAUCAAACGCGAAGAUGUAGAUGUGCAUAAUGCUUUGUCCAUGUCGCCGCCAAUGUCCGCAAAUACAUCUGCCAACAAUUUGUAUCCCGGACUCCAGCACGCCGCCACUGCAACUGCUUUUGGUAUAUUAUCGCCUUCACAACUAUUAGCUGCAAAUCGCCAAGCUGCUGCCGCACUUAUGGCAUCUCAGUUGUUUCCCCAACAUCCUGCAAUAUUUGGUCAAAUGUGGUCCAAUGCGGUUCCUCAUAUUCCAUUAAACACCAGUCAACAUUCGCCACCAACAAGUCCACAUUCGCCAGUUACAGCGACGACUCCCUCAAAUGGCGGAAAACACAGCCAAAGUAUAUCACCCACAUGUUCUGCACAAAGUGAACUAUCUACAAAAAAAACACGCAAAAUCGCGGUCAAGAAGGAUUUGAUUUCUCCUCCAAUGGAAAUGUCGAUGAAUGUUAGCGAUUUGUAUAGUCCUGCCGGUCCAAUAUCACCACCAUCAUCUGGCUCUUCUCCGAACUCAGCUCAUGACCCCCAUAACCGUGCCGAUGCUACCAUCGCUAAUUCUGCGUCAAAAGAUACCUCCCGUGACAAGAGCUUUACAUGUAAAAUCUGUUCACGGUCCUUUGGAUACAAACAUGUCUUGCAAAAUCACGAGCGUACUCAUACAGGUGAAAAGCCUUUCGAAUGCCCUGAAUGUCAUAAGCGAUUCACCCGUGAUCACCAUCUAAAGACCCACAUGCGCUUGCACACUGGCGAAAAACCCUACCAUUGUUCACACUGUGACCGCCAGUUUGUGCAAGUGGCAAAUCUCCGUCGUCAUCUGCGUGUUCACACCGGCGAGCGGCCUUAUGCUUGUGAAAUUUGCGACGGAAAAUUUAGUGAUUCAAACCAGCUUAAAUCACAUAUGUUGAUACAUAACGGCGAGAAACCAUUCGAGUGCCCUGAAUGUCACAUGAAAUUCCGUAGACGCCAUCACUUGUUGAAUCACAAAUGUGGUCAGACAACAAUUUCCAGCUUACAGUCACCGCCAACUUCUCCAGAUGCAGCACUAAGCCCCGGUGGUCUCAGUGGCGAUUAUGGGCUAUGUGACCAGAAGUCAGUUAUGGGGUCUAGCUACGGUUCGGAAGAGUCAAUGGAAGUCGGUCGUCCCGCCAAUAUCUCGGUCUCUUCCUAUGAACUUAUGGAACAUCAUCACAACAGUCAUCUCCAUACCACUUCAUCGUCCGUUGGUACUUCGUUAAGUAUCGCCGAAUCUUACGUAGACGAUGAAGAUGAUGAGGAAACUCCCCUCGAUCUAUCUGAAAGUGACAUGAGCAUUGAUGUUGGACGGAAUUGUUCCAAGGGAUCCCAAGACCUUUACCACAUUUUUCGCUUGCCAACUCAAAUCAUGCAUAGUGAUAUUCCUGAACAAACUGAACCUGAAGACCUGAGCAUGCAUCGAAACAACAAUUCCUCUUCGAUAACUUUUGCAACCAACGAGAACCCCUCAUCUGAGUCUAUGACAAUGUUGCAUGACGAUACUGAUUUUGAUGACCUAGAUGAUGCCACCAUGCACUAUAUGCGACAACAUCAUUUUCCCAAUAUAAAACAAACCACUCUAAUGGAGUAGGAAGAGGUGAUGUCAAGGCAGAAAGAGCAGAAACCAUUUCUUUCAAUAUUGCGGGCAAUGGGUGGAAAUCCAUUUUUACAGCUUCCGGCACUUCUACGCUCCCUAACGGCAAUAAUGGGAUAUAACGGUGGCCCUCGACCAGAUAUUCACCAUAGUUGAAAAGUAAAAUAAAUCACACUUUGAUGCUAGGUACUCUCCAAAAUGAGCAGAGUUGACUUUGUUUCCGUUAGCUAGUACAACUUGGGCUAAUAUAGUAUAUCUACAUUUGAGUAUACAAAAGAAUCAAUAUGAGAAUUUAAACUAGUUAUAAUAGGGACUAAAAUAUUUGAAUUGUAAAUAUAUCUGUGUAGUUAAUUGUUAAAGUGAGCUUGAUGAAUUCAACGACGCCUCUUGCGCUCAGUUGUCGUCCCGAUCUUCCCUUUUAAACCCACAUUGUUAAAAAACAGAAAAAUAAAUUAGAAUAUACGAGUAUGGCUAAACUUUAUUAGCCGACCUGAAGACGAUUAUUUAUUUGUUACUCAAGCUGAUUAUAUUAAAAGAUUGUAAAUAUAUGUAUAUGUAAAUUACGAA